GGAGUUGGCUUGUCGAGCAAACACUGAGCCCUACAUUCUCAUUCAUUCAGUGCUCGACAGUCCUGCAGUGUUGAUGAGAGCACGUCUUCGACUAGCGCUUGCUUUUGAGCAUUCCGCACAACAAAAACCGACUUUUACUAUUCUCCAAGCAGAAUUUGAAGACUGAAAACCAUUGGAUAUAUAAUUAUUUGUCUUCAAAUCGUGAAUUAUUGUGCUUUUAAGAAUCCUAAAGCUUUCCCCUGCAAUUGUUAUUCUGCUCUAGGACUAAUAAACAGUGUUGUCUGACCAGAUCGUUCUCAAGUGCGCAACUUUUAGGCUAUUUGGUACCUAUUCCAUAAAGAAACGUUGAUUUACCGUUUCUGGAGCACAUUGGUGUAAUGCACCAUAUUUUGAGAAGGAAUAACGAAAGAAGAUACAACAUCCGUAUUUGGAUUUAAAGCCGUGGUCACGAAUUUUAAGAGCUAAUUAAAUAAGCUUGGACUAUUUCCUCGGAUGGAGUUUUGGUAUAUUGGUUGAUGGAUUCGACGUUAUGGAUGGUUACAGAUGGGUUUUCCGAUGCAUGCCAAGUCCAUGGUGAAUGUCGGAAGUGGUGAUCACCCCAGAUGGCGCUCCAAAGUCAACAUGGCCCUGGCGGUUCAUUAGUGGUGAUUCAGCAGCCUUCCCUGGAGGACCGGCAGAGGUCGGAUUACGAGCGGGAGCUCCAACAUGCCGCUAUCCUUUCCCUGGACCAAAUCAAGGCCAUCCGCUCCAGCAACGAGUACACAGAAGGCCCCUCGGUGGUCCGGAGGCCCCCUGCGCCCCGCAUGGUGCCCAGACCUGACAAGCAGCAGGAGAGGACUCACGAGGUGAUUCUCGUCAAUGUGAACAACAACUACGAGCACCGGCCGGUAGGGCACGGCCACCACGGUGGGGUUGUAGUAGUGGCCGGGGGCCAGCAGUGUAGCACCAGGGCCCCGGGCCUUAAUCGCUCCACCAGUACAGGCAGUGCGGCUAGCUCAGGGAGCAACAGCAGUGUAUCCUCUGAGCAGGGACUCCUGGCCCGCUCGCCUCCCUCUAGGCCAGGGAUGGUGGCCCUCCACCAGCACCACCACAGAGCCGAGCGUGCUCAGCCUGUUCGGACUCAGCCCAAGGCGCUGCUAGCCUCCCAGCAGGGCUCGCACCCGCUGCCGCCACUGGAGGCACCGCUCAAGCCCUCAGGGAAAGGGGACAUGACCUCUGGCCACCAGUUCAUCUGCGAAUGCUGUGGGAAGUGCAAGUGCGGAGACUGCACAGCCCCAAGAACCCUACCCUCGUGCCUGGCCUGCAACGGCCAGUGUCUGUGCUCGGCGGAUAGCGCCCUGGAGCAUGGCACGUGCAUGUGCCUGGUCAAGGGCAUCUUCUACCACUGUUCCAACGACGACGAGGGAGACUCGUGUGCCGACCACCCCUGCUCGCUGUCACGCUCCCACUGCUGCUCACGCUUCCUCUGCAUGGGAUUACUGUCGGUACUGUUCCCCUGUUUGCUGUGCUACCCGCCCGUCAAGGGGUGUCUGAAGGCGUGCCAGGGCUGCUACGACCAAGUCAACAGGCCCGGCUGCCGCUGCAAGAACUCUAACACUGUCUAUUGCAAACUGGAGCGCUGGUCCCACCAGGCCCAGGAAAAGCCUUCCUGAUCUUGUGUGUGUGUGUGUGUGUGUGUGGGUAGAGGGGCGGACAGUCGUUCCCCUGUGUGGUUUUGACAAUGAUAAUGAUGAUAACCAUAAUAGUCACUAUUACUAUUGAUGUUUAUCAAACAUUUUAAGCACCUCCCACCCACUUCCUUUUCUCCUGAUAGGAGUAAAACACGGAAUAUGAAAACCACUCACUUUUUUUUUCUUCUCCUUCCUUUUUGCAACAGGACCAUGUUUUUACAGACCAGUGUUUUGUCUUCAAUGGUUGUUGUUUUUUGUCUCUCUUCAGCUACUCAUUAACACUUUUUUAUAAAUAAUUUUCUGUUAGCUAGGCAGUGUUUACCUGGUGCUUUAAGCUUCAAGUGAGAGCAGCCUCUUACCAAAUCUGUGAAGGACUAUCUAGCUAGGCAAUAUGUAGCUGUUACCACGUGUUCAUAGCAAACAAGGAUUGUUAGAAUUCCCAGUUGCUACCACACUCAGACCAUGGAUAGCUGGGUUUCUGUGCUCGAGUUGCAUCGUGGAAAGCACAUCCAUCUCAUAGUAUUCUGUUGGAUAUUUUUCUCUCCCUUCCCCACUCAUCAUUCACACACAUUCUGUGGCAUUCUUUCCCUUGUUUUUGUUUUGUAAAUUGUAUUCUCAAAUCCAUAAGAGCGAUCUGGCUUUUUUUUUUUUAAAGGAAAAUGUUUUUUUUUUUUUUUUGUAAAAAUAUUUAUUAUGUGAAGCUCUAUUAUUUUAUGAUAUUUAUUGCAAAAGACAGUCUUACAUUUACUCAUGUCUGAAUAUAACAAUAUCAAUACUUACUGAAAAAUGAAAGGGUGGCACAAAAGAAUAAACUAUGUUAACUUUAAUGCAGAAAAUAUAUUAAUUAAUUAAAAUCAAUGUCUUGUGU